CAAACAUUUCAUUUUUAUCAGCUAACACUACUAGAUCUAGAACAACUGCUCUACCGAUCUUCCUCCGCUUUCUUCACAGGGAUUCUAGUCGGAAAAUAUGGCAACCGUCACAACACAAGCCUCGGCUGCCGUGUUCCGACCAUGCGCUUCCAAAUCCAGGUUCCUCACCGGUUCUUCCGGUAAAUUAAACAGGGAAGUUUCCUUUAAACCAAUCACCUCAUCGUGGUCAUCAACUUCUUUCAAAGUUGAAGCCAAGAAAGGAGAGUGGCUGCCGGGUUUGCCCUCACCUGGUUACCUCAAUGGAAGUCUUCCAGGGGACAAUGGAUUUGACCCUCUGGGUUUGGCUGAGGACCCCGAGAACUUGAAAUGGUAUGUUCAGGCAGAGCUUGUGAACGGACGGUGGGCGAUGUUGGGCGUUGCAGGAAUGCUGUUGCCGGAAGUUUUCACCAAAAUCGGAAUUGUUAAUGUGCCCAAGUGGUAUGACUCUGGGAAAGCUGAAUACUUUGCAUCGUCAACGACCCUUUUCGUAAUCGAGUUCAUUUUGUUCCACUAUGUGGAGAUCAGAAGAUGGCAAGACAUUAAAAACCCAGGAAGUGUGAACCAGGAUCCUAUCUUCAAGCAAUACAGCUUGCCUCCUAAUGAAGUUGGCUACCCUGGUGGCAUUUUCAACCCACUGAAUUUUGCACCCACCCUGGAUGCCAAGGAAAAGGAAAUUGCCAAUGGGAGAUUGGCAAUGUUGGCAUUCUUGGGAUUUGUGGUUCAACACAAUGUGACAGGGAAAGGGCCAUUUGACAACCUCUUGCAGCAUCUCUCUGACCCAUGGCACAACACCAUUGUUCAAACGCUAAGGGGCUACUAAAUCAGUUGUGUUUCUUUUGUAACCAUUUUGAGUGAGAUUUGAGCAUCAAUGUAAACAUGGAACCUUCAAUGUACAGGGGAACUAAGAUGGCAUUUA